UUGUACGGACUACAAUUCCCAGAAAACCAUGCGGCAAUGUGGUAGUCGUGUGUCGUCAGCCAGGCACCGGUGGCGUGGGUUUGUCUCGUCAGACUGAAAACCAUUUCUGCUGUCCAAACAACAGAAUAGUAACUAUCUGGUGAUCGGGUCAAAAUGACGGAGCGGAAAGGAACAGCGAAGUUGGACUUUUUGAGGAAGAUUGAGCUCGAAAUCCAGGAGAAAUGGGAGAAGGAGAGAGCAUUUGAGCAGGAUGCUCCCUCAACAAUUGGGGAAAGCACAAACAAAAACAAGUACUUUGUCACCUUCCCCUACCCUUACAUGAAUGGCCGAUUGCAUCUCGGGCAUACGUUCAGUUUGUCAAAGUGCGAGUUCGGUGUUGGUUAUCAGUCUCUGAAAGGGAAGAGAUGCCUCUUCCCGUUUGGGCUGCACUGCACAGGAAUGCCAAUAAAAGCCUGUGCAGACAAGCUGAAGAGAGAGAUGGAGCUCUAUGGAAACCCUCCGCAGUUUCCAGAUGAGGAGGAGGAAGAAGAGAAGGAGAAGCCAAAGACAUCUGAUGACAUCAUCAUCAAAGACAAAGCAAAGGGCAAGAAGAGUAAAGCAGUGGCCAAAUCUGGAUCCGCCACUUUCCAGUGGGACAUUAUGAGAUCUUUGGGCCUGAAUGACCAGGAGAUCGUUAGGUUUGCCAAUGCUGAGCACUGGCUGGAUUACUUCCCUCCUCUGGCUGUGAAAGACCUCAAACAGAUGGGUGUCAAGGUGGACUGGAGGCGUUCUUUCAUCACCACAGAUGUGAACCCCUUCUAUGACUCCUUCGUCAGGUGGCAGUUCAUCACACUAAAGGAGAGAAAAAAGAUCAUGUUUGGCAAAAGGUACACUAUCUACUCCCCCAAGGAUGGGCAGCCCUGCAUGGACCAUGACAGGCAGACAGGAGAGGGAGUCGGACCUCAAGAGUACACUCUCAUCAAGAUGAAGAUAGUUGAGCCGUACACCGCAAAAUUCAAGUCCAAAGUCUUUUACAGCAGCGGCAUGAAAGGUAAAAACAUCUUCCUGGUGGCCGCCACUCUGAGACCAGAAACCAUGUUCGGCCAGACCAACUGCUGGGUGAGACCCGACAUGAAGUACGUUGCCUUUGAGACAACCAGUGGGGACAUUUUCAUCUGCACCAGUAGGUCUGCCAGGAACAUGUCUUACCAGGGCUUCACCAAAGAGAAUGGAGUGGUGCCAGUGGUCAUGGAAAUCCUUGGACAGGAUAUCCUAGGCAGUGCGCUGAGUGCGCCUCUGACCUCCUAUAAGAUUAUCUACGCUCUGCCCAUGCUCACCAUCAAGGAGGACAAAGGUACUGGGGUGGUUACCAGCGUUCCUUCAGAUGCUCCUGAUGACAUCGCUGCUCUCAGGGACAUCAAGAAAAAACAGGCUCUCCGGGAGAAGUAUGGAAUUGAGGACAAGAUGGUGUUGCCCUUUGAGCCGGUCCCUAUCAUAGAGAUCCCCGGCUACGGGAACCUUUCUGCUCCUCUGGUGUGUGAUGAGCUGAAGAUCCAGAGCCAGAAUGACAGAGAGAAGUUGGUUGAGGCCAAGGAGAAAGUCUACCUGAAAGGAUUUUAUGAAGGGAUAAUGCUGGUUGAUGGCUACCAGGGGCAGAAGGUCCAGGAUGUCAAGAAGCCCAUCCAGAAGUUGAUGGUGGAGAGGGGUGAGGCCAUGAUCUACAUGGAGCCAGAAAAACAGGUGAUGUCACGUUCAGCAGAUGAGUGUGUCGUGGCUCUCUGUGACCAGUGGUAUUUGGACUAUGGGGAUGCUGAGUGGAAGCAGCAGGCCAAUGAAGCCCUCAAGUCUUUGGAAACAUUUUGUGAAGAGACCAGGAGAAACUUUGAGGCUACUCUGGCCUGGCUCCAGGAGCACGCCUGCUCUCGUACCUAUGGACUCGGAACACGGCUGCCUUGGGACGAGCAGUGGCUGAUUGAGUCACUAUCGGACUCCACCAUCUACAUGGCUUACUACACCGUGGCCCACCUUCUCCAGGGAGGCGUGCUCAACGGACAGGGAGCCUCACCACUGCGCAUCAAGCCAGAGCAAAUGACCAGAGAGGUUUGGGACUUUAUCUUCUUUAAAACGUCUCCUUUCCCCAAGACUGACAUCCCCAAAGAGCAUCUGCAGAGGCUGCGGAGGGAGUUUGAGUACUGGUACCCCGUGGACGUCCGUGUGUCGGGCAAAGACCUGGUCCCCAACCAUCUGUCUUAUUACUUGUACAACCACGUGGCGAUGUGGCCUAAAGACAAUGGGAAGUGGCCACAAGCAGUGCGAGCCAAUGGACAUCUGCUCCUCAACUCUGAAAAGAUGUCCAAAUCAACUGGAAAUUUCCUCACUCUCACCCAAGCCAUUGACAAGUUCUCAGCAGAUGGUAUGCGUCUGGCUCUUGCUGAUGCCGGCGAUACAGUGGAAGAUGCCAACUUCGUAGAAACCAUGGCUGAUGCCGGCAUCCUGCGCCUCUACACCUGGGUGGAGUGGGUGAAGGAGAUGAUCGCCAACCAGAACAACCUGAGGACCGGACCCGCCGACACCUUCAAUGACCGGGUCUUUGCCAGUGAGAUGAAUGCCGGCAUUUUGAAGACGGAGCAGCACUUCGACAGGAUGAUGUACAAGGAGGCUCUGAAGAGCGGCUUCUUCGAGUUCCAGGCAGCCAAGGAUAAGUACCGCGAGCUGGCUAUCGAGGGCAUGCACAGAGAGCUUGUCUUCCAAUUCAUAGAGAGACAAACUCUGCUGCUGGCGCCCAUCUGCCCACACCUGUGCGAAUACACCUGGGGACUGUUGGGCAAGACCAGCUCUCUGAUGAAGGCGUCGUGGCCCGUGGCAGGUCCAGUCGACGAGAUCCUGAUGCGUUCCUCUCAGUACCUGAUGGAGACUGCACACGAGCUCCGACUGAGACUCAAAGCUUACAUGCUUCCCCCCAAAAGCAAGAAAGGAGACUCUAAGCCCCCAGGCAAGCCCUCUCACUGCAACAUCUACGUAGCCAAGAGCUACCCUUCAUGGCAGCACAGUGCCUUAUCCCUGCUCGGCAAGCACUACAAGAGCAACAAUGGCGUCCUUCCUGACAACAAAGUGAUUGCAAGUGAGUUGGGAGCGCUGCCAGAACUGAAGAAAUACAUGAAGAGAGUCAUGCCUUUCGUGGCCAUGAUCAAGGAGAACCUGGAGAACAACGGCCCCCGGGUUUUGGAUCUGGAGCUGGAGUUUGAUGAGCGGGCAGUUCUGAUGGAGAACCUGGUCUACUUGACCAAUUCUCUGGAGUUGGAGCAGAUUGACGUCCUGUUUGCAUCCGAGGCUGACGAAAAAGUGAGGGAGGACUGUUGCCCUGGGAAACCGUUCUGCGUUUUCAGAUCUGAGCCCGGAGUGUGCGUGUCCCUGGUCAACCCUCAGCCGUGCAACGGCCUGUUCUCUACAAAGGUGGACGUCCGGCAGGGGGACAGCAGAGACAGCCUCGUGCGUAGACUGUCAAAGGUCAACAGACUCAUCAAAGACCUGUCCAGAGUGAAGUUGAUGAGGUAUGAGGACCCCACACACGGGGCACGCCGGGUGCCCGUCCUGGGACAGGAGGAACAGGGCAAACUGCCCAUCUCCAGCAAGUCUGUGUUCAGCAUCAAUCUGGAGGAGAAGAGGGUCACUCUGGCUGACAACGGCCUCACUGUGGACAUCGGGGACACUCUGGUUUAUCUGAUCCAUUAGAGCAGCAUUCACUCUCUCUCUCACACGCACACACACACACACACACACACACACACACACACACACACACACACACACACACACACACACACACACACACACACACACACACACACACACACACACACACACACACACAGGUGCUUGGUGGCACAGUCAGCAGUGAAUCAAGUUGUGAAAGGCUCAAACGCGUCAUGAAAUAUUAUAAUAAAAUGGAUCAUUUUGACACAAAUCCAAUCGAACACUGAGGUCUAUGUAUGUUUUACUAUUAAUAUUUCUGUACUGGCACCAUUUGCUACUAGCCGGAUUUUGUAAGCUCAUUUCAUUUGCUCUAUCAGAAUACGGUCUGGAUCCCCAUCCAUGGGAAAUGAUUUCCCACCGGCAGAAAUCUUGCCGGUCCAAUCAUUAUCUGAUAGUGGGCGGGGUAUAUGACAAUGGCGCGGAGAGAAGCGACUUUUGUAAACAACCAAGUCCGCCGCUGAUGAACGAGCAUUUGACUACAUGUACCUGAUAAUUUCACAUUUCUCCCACAAAAACUGCAAUGCUUUUUCACAGACAUUGAGGAAUCAUCAUCAUCACAGUCAUCUCCUCUCUGUACGCUCUCGUCUGUUGACAUGUUCGCGUCGCUCAACAGCCGUCACAUGAUUCGUUGCUCUCACUGGUUGUACGUCUAUCCAAUUUGGGUCCGGAGGCAUUUAGGUCUGCGUCCGUCGGUAACGCCACCAUCGAAAAUGGUGUUAAAUUUAUAUAUUAUCAGACACAAAUAAAUAAAAACCAAAUGGAUAACAUGUUACAAUAUGUGUCUAAGAUGUUAAAAGAAACAUAAACAAGCAUUUGAUGUUCAAAAAACUUAACUAUACAAUCCUAAAAUCAAAACGUGUCAUUGAUGCAUUACUGAGCUCUCACUCUUCUUUAUCUCGUCACUGCUGACUGCUACCUCGGGGAAUAUCUGAAUCUUACGGGACCUAUCUUCCUUUUUUACAACAACUCAUCCAGUUCUACUUUAAUAUCUGGGUUUGGUCUGAACAAAAACAAAGAUAGUUCAGGGUUUUUACAACCCUUUCCCACUGAUAAAAUUCGUUCUAAAACUAAAAUGUCCAAAAUAUCUCAACAAAACUUUUUGUUUCGGAAGUGCAGGAUUUGUGUUCUGUUCUUUUCUUUUCAUUGUCUGUUAAAGUCGAAGUUUCCUCCAUGGGCCAAUUUUACUAUUUGUAUAAUGAAGCAUUUGAUCAAUGCUCUUUUGAGCAAACACCCACCACCGUGUCCCAUGUUGUUGCUGACCAACCACUUAUUUUGAUGUCAAUACAUUGUGAGACUGCUCCUGCAUCCUCCUCACCGCCUGUUGUUUUCAUAUAGAUGGUAAUUUUUCUGUGGCGAUGUUUUUAUACAUCGAAGGUGAGGCUCAUCGUUACCCCCAUGUUUUGUCAGCCUGUCAGACGGCAUCCCUGUUUUACAGGCGUGGGUGGCAUAUGUCUGACUUGUGCUUUUCCAGAGAAAUAAUAAAUAUGCUGAUAUAUCCA